AACAAUUUGCCUUCUAUCAUCAAUCCUCAGCCGUCUGAUAAAAGUACUAUAUUUAUUUAUUUAUUUAUAUAUAAAUAUCUCUCUCUUCUAAUUUUCUUUUCAUCUAGUGUUCCACUUGGACUUCCACCUCACUUGCCUCUUCAACGCCAUGAAAACAGGUGCUUCAUAAAAGUCGUUGAGGAUAUACAAGUUUGAUUCUAAGUUGCUGAAUUUAAGACGUUUACCAAAGUGAUAAUGGGAACAGAAGAGGAGAGCACACCUGCCAAGCCUUCCAAACCUACAGCUUCAACUCAGGAAAUACCUACAACACCCUUAUAUCCUGAUUGGUCAAGCUCGAUGCAGGCUUAUUAUGGUGCUGGAGCUACUCCACCUCCCUUUUUUGCCUCAACUGUUGCUUCUCCAACUCCACAUCCAUAUAUAUGGGGGGAUCAGCACCCCUUAAUGCCUCCAUAUGGCACCCCAGUUCCAUACCCAGCUAUAUAUCCUCCAGGUGGUGUUUAUGCACAUCCUAAUAUGGCCACGGUAUCCAACUCUGCACAGAAUAAUGUUGAUCAUGAAGUGAAGGGUACUGAUGGAAAGGAUCGAGGUGCCACCAAAAAAUCCAAGGGAACUUCAGGAAGCAAGGUUGGAGAGAGUGGAAAGGUGGCUUCAGGCUCUGGAAAUGAUGGUGGCUCUCAAAGUGGUGAAAGUGGCAGUGAAGGUACAUCAGAUGGAAGUGAUGAGAAUAAUCAACAAGAACUUGCUGCUGGUAAAAAGGGAAGCUUUGACCAGAUGCUUGCGGAUGCCAAUGCACAGAGUAACACUGCUGGGGCAGUUCAGGCUUUAGUUCCUGGGAAACCCAUAGUCUCUAUGCCUGCAACUACUUUGAAUAUAGGGAUGGACCUAUGGAGCGGAUCCCCUGCUGCAGCAGGAGCUGCAAAAAUGAGACCUAACUCAUCUGGUGCUGUAGCCACAGUUGCUCCUGGAGGUGUAAUGCCAGACCCGUGGAUUCAAGAUGAACGUGAGUUGAAAAGACAGAAGAGGAAGCAAUCUAAUAGGGAGUCUGCUAGGAGAUCAAGAUUACGCAAGCAGGCGGAGUGUGAAGAGCUACAAGCCAGGGUGGAGAGCUUGGCAAAUGAAAACCGCAACCUUAGAGAGGAACUAAAGAAGCUUUCUGAUGAAUGUGAGAAGCUUACGUCGGAAAAUAGUUCCAUUAAGGACGAGUUGACACGGAUGUGUGGACCUGAUGCUUUAACUGACCUCGAACAAGACAAUCCGGCUGCGGCUCUUCAGUCCCGAGGUGGUGAGGGGAAUAGUUAAUACUAAACCAGCAGUGAUAACAUGGGGCAAGUGCAGUAAUUUCUUGGUCUCCAGGAAUUCUUUUGACCAUGGCUUUAGUCGAGUAAUAGGGCAUUUGUUUUCCUUACUAAUCUAUACCUUAACCAUUUAUAACUGUAAUGUUUAUUUAAGAAAGAAAAAAGUUAUAACCAGAAUUAAAAUUGUUGUGUUGGUAUAGUUGACUAGGGCGAAAGAAUAUUUGGAGAUUGAUUCAGCCACUACUCAGAUUUUGAUCAAAUAUGCGUGUACUAUUUAUUUAAAAUACAGGAAAGAAACAUUGUCUA